AUGGGGUUGUGUAAGUCCCUGGCGGUUUUUAUUGCCUCUAUUUUCUCCAAAAUGAACUGUUCUGAUGCACUCCUCUCUGACAUGGAUGAUGGGGGAUCUUUCUUAGAUGUUAUAAACGAGAAUGACUUGUUCGGGAAUGCAAUUGGUGGACCAGACGAUGAUGGGAAUUCAGGCUUUAACUGGGCAGAUGAGUUCCUUUCAACAACAGGGGUGGAUGAUAAUGGUGCAAAUACACAUGUAGUUCAAAAUGAGACCAUUAGCCCAGUUGAGGUUGCACCACUAUCCAUCCAAAACCAUAUUACAGUGCAACAGAAUGUUGCCAAUGCACAGAGUUAUCUCCCCCAAAGCUCGGCUGUGCCAGCUCAGGGGGCAACAAAAUCAGCAUCACUUGGUGGUAUGCAGAUUGUCCAGGGUGCAACAGGGCUUGUGCAACAAGCAACAGCUGCUCCACAAACUCAACAGAUUAACAUGUCAACAAUGGGGCAGCUACAGCAGGGGUUGGGUCAGCAGAUUGUGCAGGGCCCCAAUGGACAGCUGAUCCUUAAGCCUGGGGGUGGGGGUCAAAUUUUUUUCCAGACCCACCCCCAAAUCCAGUCGCUGCAGUCAAGCACCACACUGGCAUCCAGCCUGCAACAGGUCCAAGGGUCGUCGCAGGUCAUCAACCGUAUCCUUGCUCCAAACCAAAGUCCAGUUUCCACAUCUCCCAUUGUCAGUCGAGCCAUAACACCAGUGACCUCAACUAAUGUUGGUCGAUCUCUCACUCCGAUCCAAAGUUGGGCAGGUGUGAACCCUGUCACCAUGGUUACAAAUAAUGCCACCACUCAACAGGUAUUCACAAGGAACAUCCCCAUUCAAUUCAACAAUCCUAAUACUGGAAUACAGCUGCAGGGACAAUCUGCUGUCCUUCAGCAAGGUCAGGGCACUAUCCUCCAACAAGGUCAAGGUCAAAAUACUAUACUACAGCCUACACAAGGAAGCAAUGCAUUAUUGCAUCAAAGUCAAGGACAAGCAGCAGCAGCAGCAGUAUUACAGGGUCAAGGACAAAAUAUUGUGAAUACUCAAAAUACUGUGAUUCAAAACCCAAAUGUAGUCAAUUUGAAUGUGGCACAUGUGCUGUGCAAUAAUUCACAACUACAGAACCAGUCUGGUUCAACAGUUCAUCACAUGGCCCCCAAUAUCCAGGGAACAUUGAUACAGACAGCUGAUGGUAAGCAUAUCAUUAUACCAAAUAACAGUGUCCCCCAGACUGUUGGUGGUCAAUCCAUUAAUUUUCAGAACUUGCCACAAAUGACCAUCCAACCCCAGUUAAAUAUUGCACAGAACACCAGCAGUGGGUCCAAUAUGGUGUUUGGGAACACCAGCAACCUUGCUGGAAACUUGGGUAAUGUGAUCCGUGUGGCUACUCAAGGAGGAGGCAGUACACCAGCCCCUACAGCGACCCCAGACAAGACGAGUCAACCCCAGCAACCGUCACAUUACAUUGGGGUCAACCAACAAGGUCAGCAAAUCCUCAUUCAGAGGACCAACAACGCUGCAGGUCAACAACAAAAUAUCAUUUUGAGGACUUUGAACCCAAAUAUUGUACAGUUAUCUCAACAACAGCAACAGCAGCAACAACAACCACUGCAAACUGCUAGUGGUAUACAAACUACGCCCCAAAUAGCAGGUACGCCAGGAACACAGCAAGUGUUAGUGUCGUCACAAGCCCAAGGCAUUCAGCUGCAGCGAAUUGUCAACACCUCACAAGGGCAGCAGGUGAAAUUCAUCAGCCAUGGAGGUGGUCAGGCACCCGGUAUGCCUCUAACCAUCAACUGGCAGGGAAUGCAGAAUGCCACUAACAGUGCCAUUCCUACAGCAAUUCAAGUGGUUCCUCAACAACAAGUUGCAAAGACUAAUAGUUCUAGUUCUGAUGGUGCAGAUAUGGCUGUCAAUCAACAGAUAAGUUCUCAACCUAUCACUGUGAAAUCCAUUGCAAACCAAAACCAAUAUAUUCAGCAACAAUCACAAACACCAUCAACAAAUACUCCAAAACAGACUGUGUAUUCCACACCUUCAUCCACCAAAAUCUCCUUGAGUACUGCCUCGGCCACACCUCAACGGAAAGAUGUCACCACUCACACUUCAGCAUCACCUCAUCAACUCGUACAGAAUCUACAAAGCGUGCAGAUUCCUCUGAUUUCCCAGUAUUCUGGAGCAUCUACCACACCUAACUUAAGCACUGCUAGUACCACUACUGUUACUACCACCGUAACUCAGUCUCGGGUUCCCGUGACAACCACCAGUCAAGGCACCAAUCAGGUGAUGUCCUCCGUCCAACUUCAGCAGCUUGUGGCUGGAGCAAGCCAGAAGCAAAAUGUACUACAGGCAAGAGAUAGUGCACCAAAACUUCAGCACACCAUUCAAUUAACCCCUGAGGCUCAAGCACAGCUAACACAGAUACAGGAAAAUCUCAAAAAGUUAGCUGGAGUAAAGAACCUGAAUAAUGCACAAAAAGUACAGCGGAAACAUUUACAAGAACUUCAAAAGAAAAUCUUGUCCGAAGGACAAAUUAUCAGGCAAACAAUUCAAAGCACAGCUUCAUCUCUAACUCCACAUUUGAUAACUCAACCACAACAGCCUGUACAAUUUCAAACCCAAAAUCUUAUAGGACAGAAUGUUCAGUUAAUAGGACAAAGCCAAAAUAUUCCAACAGCACCUCAUCUUGUGAUAGGACAGCAACUUCCAAAACCAGUAAUAGGUCAGGGGUCAGUGGUGAAACAGGAGGCCACAUCAUUUCCGGGGCCAUCUGUUAAGGACCCUACACAAGGGACCAUGGGAAUCGUGCAAUCACAACCACCACCAACGCAAUUUGUGCAGGCAACAAUAGCGGGACCAGCUCCACAAGCUGGAAAUCUAGUCAUCAAAACUGAAGCAAUGUCAACUUCAUCCCUCUCCACAAUGAUAACCCCUUCUAGUUGUGCAUCACUAACCCAGCCCACCACAAGUCUUCCACAGUCUGCCAAACCUAGUGAUGUGAAAGUGGAGAAUGUAGAUCCAGCUCAAGAUGCAAGUCAAUUAGCCAGUGCAGGGAGCACCCAGGUUCUAAUGAACCAACUUCCUGUUGGUGCAGUUCAUCAGGGGGUUGUCAUGACAUCAGCACCUCCUGGUAAAAUGGCCAUAUCAGCAUCUCCUAAGGUGGCACUGCCUACUCCAAUUAAGAUUGGAAAUCACACUCUGAACUUAAAUUUGACUGUGGAGCAAAAAGAAAAGGUUCAAGGUUAUCUGGCCAAGAUGACACCUGAACAGCAACAGCAACAGAUCUCUCUCUUCCUGAAGCUUCAACGCCAACAACAGCUGCAGGCCCAAGUAAAUGCUCAAGUGAAGGCACAGCAGGUUUUACAGCAGAAACAGACAAUAGGCUCAGCUCUGACUCCAGCCCCUAACAAACUACCCAUCACUGUACAGCAACUAGAUAACAAAUCAGCCACUGCUACAAAGCCAGCCGAACUACCACCUUUAACAACACCUGUCUCCACAGCUACCACUUCCACUGUUCCUGGAUUGAGAAUCCCUUUAGCAGCUAUACCAAAGAGUCAGCUAAUUCAUCAGCAGCUGAGUAAAGACCAGGAUAAUGCUCUGAAGCCGGACACUAAGUCACAGUUCAGGAGUCGCCGGGACACAUAUCGCCGUCUACUCCGAUACCACGUUUUCCAGCACAAGUCUCCUCCUGAUGGUCUCAUGGAGAGAGAUCAUGAGGUGUUUGAGAAUGUAGCUGUAGGCCUGUUACACAAAAAGCAGAGAAUGUUUGAUAAAUUCCGUCUCUUACUAUUGAAGGAGAGUAUGAGAGAGAAGAAGACUGCUGAGAUGGUUAUGAUCCAGAGACUGAUGAAUGAAGACUUAACAGAGACAAUUAAAUCUGAGAAGGAUUUGGUUAAUUCUGAUCCAGAUUCCUUUGAACCAAUGCCAUUGAGGUACUUGCAGAAACAAGAAUCAGUUAAAUCUGAAGAUGUGUCUAUGGAUGAACAAGAUGUAUCAGAAAUUUCAAGAGUGAUUAAAACAGAAAAAAUAAAUACUAGUGAUAGUGACACUGUGGAAAUAAAAAAGGAGCAACUAAGUCGACCUUGUACUCCAAAGGUCAAACUUGUGAUCCGAAGUGAUGGCCAGAACUUUACAAGCUCGCUAGCAGAGGAUGGGAGUAGUGAUAGUAACGAAAGUAGUUACCAUGACAACAGUGUGAAUAUGGACACAUCAGAAAUAGAACGUCAGAAUUCUAGUAACAGUGGUAGGUCUGAUUCAGAGGACAUCUCAAAAGGUUUAUUUGGUGCACCCCGUCUAUCAAACAUCAAAACAGAACCAGUGAAUGAAGAGUGUGAGUCAAUGGAAAGUGAUCACUGGUCAGACAGUAAUAAACCGUUCAAGCUUUACCUAGAAACAGAACGAUCAGACAAUUCUCCUGUAAGUAACUCGGAUCUAGACACGGGUGGAUACAGAAACUCUUCUCCAUCUCCAGUGGAUACUGUAAUUUCUAGGAGUGAAUAUGAGGUUCAUGCUGGUGAUUUGGAUUCUCCGGGUGAAAGUGCUGCACAAGACAGAAAUUCACCGCCAUUUGAGAUGUCUGAGGAGUCUGUGAGACACCUCAUCUCCAACGACAGCAAUUGUGAUAAUAAUGUGUUGGGCUAUCAUUCCAGUGAGAAGCAACCUCUGUGCAUCAGUUCUUUUGAAAAAGACAUGUAUCAUUCCCACAACUAUCCACAACAAUCUGAGAGUUCAGAUAAACAGUCAUUUAAACCAUCCUUCAUGUCAGAUUCCAAGGUGCCAUUCUCCAUAGGAAACGAAUUGUUUGGUAGAGUUGAUGAUGAUACGAGUCAUUCUAAACAGAGAUCUAAUAGUAUUGGUAAUGAUGGUGAAGUAGACAGUGCUGUUGCUGAUAUGGGUGGGUUCCAUCAGUCACAAUAUGAACCGAUAUCCUCUCCAGAGGCAGACCAUGAUGAAACCUUCUCAAACCUGAUCACACACAAGGUAGACUCCGCAUACACCAUUGGAAUGGGUGAGCAUAAGGACACGCCACACUUGUCCAACUCCGAUAUACCGUUUAAUGUCCCAGCGUUUUCUUCUGGGCAUUUGGAUGUAGAACCGCGGGAGUCUGUUGAGGAUGACGAAGCCACAACUUUGUAUAGUGAUGAUAGUGAUAAAGAGUCUGAUACACAACAAGAAUUGUUGAAAGCCCAAAUGGAAAGUGCAAUAAAUUCCAUUGUCAGUCUAAAUCAAGAUUCUUCCGUUCACUCCCCAUUCUCACUUGACCAAUCAAACGAGUUCUUCAAUCGCCAUAGUUACAUGACAAAUCCAACGACUGAGUCUGAAAGUGACACUCCUGGUCCCAGCACUCCAGUUCGGUCAGUAAGCCCAGAAGAUGACCCUAAUGAUAUUUCUAUGGAUGAUGAUCUGGACGCUGCUGUCAAUAGUAUUUUGAUGUAAAUAUAGUAUAGAGAAUCCUGUAAAUUGUUACUGUUGGUCGGGGAGGGGGGAUCUGUGUAAUAUUAUGAUGACUAGUUUUUGAAAUAAGUCUGUUAGGGUUAUCAUUUGUACUUGCAUUACAAAAACUUUGGCGUUACUCCUUAAAUUCAUCAAAGUGUCUUUUUUUCCCCAAAAUCAUGUCAAUUGACUGGUCUAGAUCAGAACAAAAUAGGUAUUGAAACUUUAAGUUUGACCUGGUGUCGGAAAAUACAUUUGUAGAUAGACCUUCAAACAAUAUAUAACAAUCUUUAAAGUCCAUGUCUACACUAUGUGAUCUUUAGACAAAUUCUGUCUCCUGGAAAUGACAGAUGUUUUUCAUAUGAAUAUGGUAAA